UAUUCAUUUUGAAAAACAUGAUAACAGGUUUGUUGCUUGCGUUUCUCCUCGCCUCUGCUACUUCACGAGAGGUCCAAACUAAUGACCUCAAUGAUAUUUUUGAUGCGGUGUGGGAUAUCUUGAACGCGCUGAGAAUGACGAUCAAGCUACCGGAUGAUGCAGGCUUAAACAUAACUCAGUUACUAACCAAAUACAACUAUCCGGUUGAAGAACACACAGUAGUCACAGAAGAUGAAUACACUCUAUCCUUGUUCCGGAUACCGACCGGUAGAGCCGAUACCAACAACUUAUCCAAGCCUCCCGUGUUCCUCAUGCACGGUCUGCUGUCAUCUGCGACGGAUUUUUGUAACAUGGGACCCAAAAAAUCCCUCGCAAUGAUACUCGCAGAUGCUGGGUUUGACGUAUGGCUCGGUAAUAGCAGAGGGAAUAAACUGUCCAGAAAGCACGUAACUUUGGAUCCGGAUAGAAAUUCGUCUUAUUGGGAUUUUAGUUUCCAUGAAAAAGGAAUCUACGACUUGCCAGCUUCAAUCGACUACGUACUGAACGUCACCGGGCUUCCGUCAUUGUCGUAUAUCGGGCACUCUGAAGGAACGACCGACUUUUUCGCAAUGGGUUCUGAAAAGCCAGAAUAUAAUUCCAAAAUCGACAUCGCCAUUGCGUUAGCUCCGAUAGCUUAUAUGGAGAACGUGACUAGUCCUUUAGUGCGAUUAAUGGUAGAUUAUAUGACAACAUUGAAGCUCAUUGCGGAUGUUGUCGGAAUCCACGAACUCCCUUCUUCCCGUUGGUUAUCGCUGCUAGGAGAUCUGAUGUGCAACGACGAAUCAGACUUUCAAUGCAACUGUGCGAUGUUAUUUGAAAUAUUGGUGGGCGAUGACAUCGAGCAAUUCAAUUUGUCGACUAUUCCUAUUAUCUUGAGCAACGCGCCAGCUGGCAUUUCACUGAGACAACUAGAACACUACGGUCAGAUGAUAAGAUCGGCGCGCUUUCAAAAGUACGACUACGGACUCGCAAAUAUUUUACAUUACGGACAGUUUACCCCGCCAUCUUAUAAUACCAGCAAGAUAUCCGCGCCCAUGGCAAUAUUUUAUGCACAAAAUGAUGCCUUCGCUGCCACAAUAAACGUGGAGCAAUUGAUAUCUGAACUGCCUGACCUGAAAGAAGCAAUCCUCAUCCAGUACGCUUCAUUCAAUCAUCUCGACUUUUUGUGGGCUAUAGACGUGAAGGAGCUUUUGUACGACAAAGUGAUCGAUACUUUAAAGAAAUAUGUAACUGUAAAUUCAAAUAUAUCUCGAAAGUAA